GACACAACGCCGCCGGUCUGCAGGUCCGUGUCAAAGAAAGCUGAGCGCGAGUUGCCGCGGAGAGGCGAAGGACCGAGAGGAAACUUUUUUUCGGUCGACACUUCCAGAGGAGGCUCCAUCCAACAGCCAUGGCGUGCAGCCUCGCGAACUUCCUUCUGCUGGCUCUGCUCUUCACCUCGAGUUCCCCAUUCGCGAUCGACACAUCCGAGGAAGAUUCGAGGGAGCCCGACUCGACCAGUGACUUUGACAGCCACAUGUCUUCCGAGUCUACUGAGCACAGAGGCGGCGUCGUCUACUCGCAGCACGGCGCAAACAACGGGCCCCCGUCAAACAGCAGAGACGCCCAGCAGGCAGGAGCCGAGUGGGCGUUCGGAGGAGACGGCAUCGACCGUUUUGGAAUUGAAGAACCGCAGGGGCCAGCGGCCAACGAAGCCGCAGCGUCUGUUGGAGCAGCAGCAGCAGCAGCAGCAGCUGCAGCAGGAGGAGGAGUUGGAGGAGGUGGGGGAGCAGGGACAGCUGGGGUUGGCGGGACAGCGGGGGACGUGGCGCGCGAUUCCACGGGAGAGCUGCAGGGAGGGAUGGCGACGGACACGGCCGGAGUUGGGGGAGGGAUGACGCUCGAUUACACGAGUCAUGGUGCGGUUGGAGGAGCCGGUGGAGUGGCUGGAGGAGCCGGUGGAGCGGUUGGAGGAGCCGGUGGAGUGGCUGGAGGAGCCGGUGGUGACGCUGGAGGAGCCGGUGGAGCGGUGGGAGGAGCCGGUGGUGCAGCUGGAGGAGCCGGUGGAGCGACGGGAGGAACCGGUGAUGGGGCUGGAGGAGCCGGUGGAGCGGCUGCAGGAGCCGGUGGAGCGGCUGGAGGAGCCGGUGGUGACGCUGGAGGAGCCGGUGGUGACGCUGCAGGAGCCGGUGGUGACGCUGCAGGAGCCGGUGGAGCGGCUGGAGGAGCCGGUGGAGCGGCUGGAGGAGCCGGUGAUGGGGCUGGAGGAGCCGGUGAUGGGGCUGGAGGAGCCGGUGGUUUCGUGGCGGGUCAUGGAGGCCACUUUGGAGGUGCGGAGACGAUGGCCGGUGGAGCGAUGGGAUAUGGGGGCGCGGGGCCCAUCGUAGACGACCUCGGAUACGGUGUGGAUGGAGGCCAGACCCCUGGCUCACACGACGGGAUGGGUGGUGCCGGCGCUGGAAUUGAUGCAGGCCACGGUGCGGACGGAGGCGAGUCGCUGGGCUUAUUCGAUGGACUGGGUGGUGCUGGCGGUGGUGGCGCUGGAAUUGAUUCAGCGUUCCACGGAGGAGGAGCGCAGGGUCACCCACACGACGGGUCUGGGCCGCACGACUUGGAGGCGGAGAGAGCCGGGAUGAUGAUGAUCGUGGAUGGCCAGAUGCUGACACACGCCGAGGGAGAAAACGCCGCUGGUCUUGCUGCUGAUGCGGUGUCGCCUCCGUCUCCGCGGCUCGACAGCGCGCCGCAGACGCCGGCGAUGGCGGCGGCAGUGAAUGGAAGUGGGAAACCUCACCCACACGAUUCCCUGCCAGGGAUCCCGGCUCUCCUCUCCAUAGAAGACAACGGAUACAGCAAGGACAUCACCUCCCAGCACGCUGGAGAAAAAGGCAGUUCUGUUCACGUUGCAGAGUUUUAUCAAGACGGCAUCGAGUUCAAGACCAGGCCUAUCCACACAGAGCUAGAGUCAAGCCCAGCGCCGGAGGUCGGAGGACCGGGAAACGGAGCCCACACUCCACAUACAGGCAACACCGGCGCCGAUCGCGAUGAGCCAAGCGUGCAGCCGAGCACAGCAGCAGCCACGCUCGCCGUGGAAGCGAUCGAAGAGAAUGUGGGUGAAGACACCGCCAAUCACAGCCACAUCCAACCAACGCGUGCUCUUACCACUGCUUCCAAUGAACUUGAGCCAUCUGAAGAACCUGAAGCUGAGACGGAGACAGUUUCCCACCACCACCAGCAGCAGCAGGCAACUUCCCAGGCAGCGGCGUCCGAGCAGACUCAACAGAAUGUGCCGGAGCCGCACCGCGAAGAUGCAGAAGAGGAGGUGGUAACAUUCCUCCCAGCGGCAAGCUCCACGCGACGGGCUGUGAAGCAGACCACAUCGUCUGGGAAGUGAUGGCAAGAGUAGAGGCUGGGCAAGCAGAGGCUGGGCAAGUCGGUGGAGCCAGAAUACCACGUUCUUCUCACACGGAGCACAAACGAUAUUGCCACAGCACCUCUACUGCUAUGUAAACUUAACUUAAUGCUUUGCAAGUAGAACAACCCAAUGGAAAUGAAGAGGACCCCCAGGAAAUCAAACUGCUUAGUGGCCAGUGUAGCACUUGUACAAGCCAGCUGUGUUGUUUUCAUAUACUCUUUGUGACAAACAUAACGUUUGGAAGGGAGUUGUUGCAUUUGAUUAAGAUAAAUAUUGGUCAAAGUACCUGAAAUGCACAUCAGAUUAUGUCGUGGCAAUAUGUGUGUGCUGUGGUAAUUAGAUGUUCACCAUCAAAUUUAUUUGACGAUUUGCAAAUAUUUCUAGGGAAACGUCCACAUAUUUCUGUAUUCUCAGGAUUAUAAGAUUCUCUUGAAAGGAAUACACCCCUGAAAACUUUGGGCGUCGCUUUAAAAAAGUGGAUUUAAAAAUGUUGAGAAUAUGAUAUAGCCAGUUGAAAUAUAUUGGACUUACAGUGCCUAACUACUAAGUGGCCACCAAAGCGGCUUUCCUCGGAGGUUGUGCAUAUCCAGGUACAAAUAGUGUGGUCUGGGAACUGAUAAAGUAACAGGACUCGUCCAAAUGACCGUUUUCAUUUAAACCACCACUAUGCGGUAACACAGACUCUAAAACCACCACUAUGCAGUAGCACAGACUCUAAAACUACCACUAUGCGGUAGCACAGACUCUAAAACCACCACUAUGCGGUAGCACAGACUCUAAAACCACCACUAUGCGGUAGCACAGACUCUAAAACCAGCACUAUGCGGUAGCACAAACUCUAAAACCACCACUAUGCCGUAGCACAGACUCUAAAACCACCACUAUGCGGUAGCUGAGACUUUUAAACCAGCACUAUGCGGUAGCACAAACUCUAAAACGCGAGCAACCAUUUGCCGUCUCGUUUAACUGCGGCCACAAUCGGACACUGCCCAAAUAAUAAACUAGCUUUGGUAGAAUUUUGAUUUAAAGCUUUCGUGACUGCAGGGAUUCAUAUUAUUGGUUGUUUCGGUAAAAUCACGUAGAAGGGAAACAAUAAAAUAAUAAAAAUAUAAAACAAUAUUUUAUUGUUUCCCUUCUACGUGACUUUACCGAAAGAACCAAGAAUAUAGCUUUGGUAGGUUUACACAGCUAUGGAGGUGCGGUCACAAUACAUUUGUCGUUGUCACUGCAGAAUGUUGUUGAUUUGUCUUUUGUAGCCACGCUUUUUUUAUCUGCAAAUGUAAGUUUUUAAUUUUGCAGUUGAUUAUGAAACUACCGUUUUAAUUUUACAUGAAAAAUUAUAAUCUGGUACACUUUUGAUUUAAAGCUUUCGUGACUGCAAGGAUUCAUAUUCUUGGUUCUUUAGGUAAAGUCACGUAGAAGGGAAACAAUAAAAUAAUAGUUUUAUAGUUUUAUUAUUUUAUUGUUUCCCUUCUACGUGACUUUACCGAAAGAACCAAGAAUAAUAAUCUGGUACACUUUUAUGACUAUGUUGGUUGGAUUCAACUAAGGUAUUCCCAUGUACGUGGCUAUCUGGGUUGCUAGUCUUGUCCUGCUGUACACAAGUGCCCUGGUUUGGUGAACACAAAACCGUUUUCCUGACAGGCAGCGAUAUUAUGAAGAACUCAAAUAACCCAAGAACAAAAAUUACUUUAGAUUUAAAUAAUUGAUAAUCAUAGCAACGUUACUGAUUUGAAAGUAUAUGCAAUUGUAUUUUCUGCAUAAUAACACGUGCAUUUUCAAUGACUGUGCUGGACUCCACUUUGCAUAUAUUGCGAUGUGUUAUGCAUAGAAAAUUUUAAACAGUGUAAUUAUUUCUUUAUCUGACAUAGUUUAAACUUGUGUAACGUUAGUCUUUAUACGGUAGGUGAAUGUUUAAAUAAAUACAUGGCCUCUAAUCUCAAGAGGUUGUUUCCAGUCCAGGAGGGUGUGAGGUCUCAUAUUUGCAACAAAUUAGAAUCAAGUAUUAACACAUGAUUGGAAGAAAAAAACGCGAAUUAGUACAAUAAAGACUUUUUUGGGUCACUAUUGACCCAAGUCGAUCGUGAAGUUUAAUGGCUAUACAGUGUUAGGAAUUUAAAAAAAAUAUUCAAGAUGUUUCAUAUACCGUAUAUUCCAGAUUAUAGGAUAUUCCAGAAAGUAAUACCCACCCCAAAUGUUGGGGUCAUUUGGAAAAGAACUGGGUUUUAUAAUCUGCAAAAUAUGGUACCGUGGGGAUCCAUUUUCUAGAAGGUGAAAAUAAACAUGAUACUUUUAAAUGGGGAGAGCUUUUCUGGAAGAUUCUGAACAUUUGGUGGUGGCAUCCUAUACUAUGGGUGAUUAUGUAGUAUGAUUACACUUGCUUAAUCAUGAAA